CCAGACACGAGUUGGAGAGCGUUCGGGAGGCCCCUUGUCCACCUCCUGUGAAUCCUAUCCUCUGUGUUGUGAUCGACAUCCUAGACUUUCCGAAGCAAAAUGCGUGAGUGUAUCAGCAUCCACGUGGGCCAGGCCGGCGUCCAGAUCGGUAAUGCCUGCUGGGAGCUUUACUGCCUGGAGCAUGGCAUCCAGCCCGACGGCCAGAUGCCCUCCGACAAGACCGUGGGCAGCGGCGACGACUCCUUCAACACCUUCUUCAGCGAGACCGGUUCCGGGAAGCACGUGCCCAGGGCCGUCUUCGUCGACCUGGAGCCCUCGGUUAUCGACGAGGUGCGGACUGGGACCUACCGCGCCCUCUUCCACCCCGAACAGCUGAUUACAGGCAAGGAGGACGCCGCUAACAACUACGCCCGCGGUCACUACACCAUUGGCAAGGAGAUCGUCGAUGUGGUACUCGAAAAGGUGCGGAAGUUGGCCGACCAGUGCACAGGCCUCCAAGGCUUCCUGAUCUUCCACUCGUUCGGCGGCGGCACUGGCUCCGGCUUCACCUCCCUGCUGAUGGAGAGGCUCUCGGUCGACUACGGCAAGAAGAGCAAGCUGGAGUUCGCCAUCUACCCCGCGCCUCAGGUCGCCACCGCCGUCGUGGAGCCCUACAACUCCAUCCUGACGACCCACACCACCCUGGAGCACUCCGACUGCGCCUUCAUGGUCGACAACGAAGCCAUCUACGACAUCUGCCGCAGGAACCUGGACAUCGAACGUCCCACCUACACUAACCUGAACCGACUGAUUGGUCAGAUCGUGUCAUCAAUCACCGCUUCUCUCAGGUUCGACGGCGCCCUUAACGUGGACCUGACGGAGUUCCAGACCAACCUGGUGCCCUACCCCAGGAUCCACUUCCCCCUGGUCACCUACGCCCCCGUCAUCUCCGCAGAAAAGGCCUACCACGAGCAGCUCUCCGUAGCCGAGAUCACCAACGCUUGCUUCGAGCCUGCUAACCAGAUGGUGAAAUGCGACCCACGUCACGGCAAGUACAUGGCCUGCUGUCUCCUGUACCGAGGUGAUGUUGUACCCAAGGACGUGAACGCUGCCAUUGCCGCCAUUAAGACCAAGAGGACCAUCCAGUUUGUGGACUGGUGCCCUACAGGUUUCAAGGUGGGCAUCAACUACCAGCCUCCCACAGUGGUGCCCGGCGGUGACUUGGCCAAGGUAGCUCGUGCUGUAUGCAUGCUGUCCAACACCACCGCCAUCGCUGAGGCCUGGGCACGUCUCGACCACAAGUUCGACCUUAUGUAUGCCAAGAGGGCUUUCGUGCACUGGUACGUCGGCGAGGGCAUGGAGGAAGGCGAGUUCUCCGAGGCCCGUGAGGACUUGGCCGCUCUCGAGAAGGACUACGAAGAGGUCGGCCUCGACUCCGCUGAGGGCGAGGGCGAAGAGGAAGAAGGCCAGGAGUAUUAAAAAUAAGAAAUCAAAAACAAAACAAAGCAAACAAAAAACCCAAAAAAUAAGCAUAAAAGAAGAUCAACAAUAAAUGAAUAAAAAAAAAUAAAAAUAAACGAUAAUAGCAAAAAGACAAAGCGACUCCACCUCCUCCUCCAAAAAGUCAAGUCGGCUCUCGAGGGCGUUCUUGAGGCUACUACUACAGCUGACGUUGAGGGACCGCCCAGGAUGCUGAUCAACUUGCGCCACCCGGUGAAAAUAACGCGACUGGAGACUUUUUCCUUCUUGGGACUCUAUUUUUUUUCUUACACGACGAAGAAUUAGAAGAAUUAAAGACGAAGAGAUGAAAAUAACGGAAAAAAAUUCUGAGGACUCUAAACGACGGUGAAAAAUUUGGAACGAAAACCAAAAAACAAACAAACAUGAAGUGAAUAUUGCCUAGUGACAUACCGACGAUGAUAUAAAAAAAAGAUCAAAAGAAGACAUAAAAGGGAGAGAGUGAAGCAGAAGAACAAUAAAACAGGAAAAUAUGAACCAACCACAACAGACUUACGAGAGAAUUCUGUGGCGUCACUUCCAUAACAGCGAAGACAAGCGGCAAAAUUAACUCCGUAGAGACCGCCGGCUCCUUCUCCUUUUAUUCUCGCAACUCGAACGCCAAAGAGGAAUUUUCGGAGGCAGCUGGAAGGUCGAUGGGAGUGCUCUUACCUUCCCUCAAGUGACGUCUUAGAAUUGCUAAAAAAAAAAAAAAAAAAAAGGACGCACACUUAAUCAUUUCCACUUUUUUCAAAUUCUUCGACACCUGACUGGACAUUACUUUUACACUCCGCCUAUCUUAUAAUAGCCUAAUAAUAUCCGUAUAUAAUUACGUCGAAGUGAUUGCUGUCAAAUUUGCAUUAGAUUGCUUGGAUAAAUUCGCAUUCUCCUUCCCUCUCACGUGGUCGUAUUAGGGAGGACUGAUGCAAAAGAUCAUAAUAUUUUCUCGUGUUUUUCUAUUAAAAGCAAAUAUAUACGAAAUAUAUCCCAAAGCAUUUACUUAGCUAAAACGAUCAAAUAACCGCAUUAUAUGUGUCCUAUCUAAUAUCUAUUCCAAAAGGCAUAUUUAUUACAUACAUGCUCCUUAGGAUUUUGAGACUCCAGACGUACCAUCUUUAAAAAAACAACAGCAUUUGUGCCAAAUUAUACCCCAAAGUAUUUACCAUUGACCUUAGACAAUAAUGAUAAACACCCGAAAAUCACCUAUUCAUGUAAAACGAAACAUACGAAACGAAAGUGAGAACCAAAUAUACGUAAAAGAAAAGUGCCAAAGAACAAUAGAAAAGAAAAACAACAGAUUAAAGCAAGUGCCAAAACGAAGACCGAAUAACGAAUACUGAAAAUAAGGAUACCUACCUGUUCAUCUACGACUCGAACUCAUCUCUCGACACUCGACUCUCCAACACAGGACGAUCCAUGACGUCACCGCGUGUCGAAUCUUCAAGGCCUGUGACGUCAUCAAGUCAAAGGUCCCCCCAACCCCCCAGCACAACCCUCUCCACCCCCCGGGCACCAAGACGCUCCGGCAGUAAAUGAGCAACUCAAACUGUCAACCAAAACAGUGGCAAACAAUAAAACAAACAAAAACAUGA